CUUUGCAAUUAUACUUUCUUUUGCUAUACUACAAGUAAUUUACUCAUAGGCUAUCGCGUCCCCGUUUAAUAAAUGACGAUGCUUCAUUUUGUGCGAUAAAUAUGCGUAUAAUUGAAUAUACAUAUAUUGAAAUUGUUCAUAUAUUAAUAUGCAUACAGUGUUGAAGACUCUCUGUCACAGUUCUUUCAAAAACUCCUAUUAAUAUUGCUGCAGUCGGUAUAUAAUUGCUUUGUAAUAGUGCGCACGGAUAUAAAUUGCGAUUAUGACAUUUAACGCGUAUUUAAUGUGUUCGUAUUUAGUGUGACAAAGACGUGAAAUAAGAAAUGAAAAAUGACUGUAAGAAAGAAAUAUCGGACAACUGAUCCGGCUCGAAGGAACAAAUGCCAGGCAAUCAUAGUAAAAGCUUAUAAUGGCGUUUUGGUCUUGACAGAUAUCUUGCUACUUAUCUUAAAAAUUUUGUGUCAUAUUUGUGGAAGUGUAUAUAAAUUUUUUGUGUCAGCGGAAGAGAAAAAGGUGUUUGAUGAAAUUGUCCUGAUAACAGGCACAGGUCAUGGUAUCGGAAAGGAAUUGGCAAUUCGUUAUGCGUCCCUAGGUGCGACAGUGGUAUGUUUGAGUUUGAAUGAACAACGAAACGAAGAGACGAUAGAGAAAAUUAAAAUGAUGGGGUUAAACGCAGCGUAUGCGUACAAGUGCGACGUGUCGAAAAGAGAAGAGGUUUUCGAAGUAGCCGGGAAAAUCAAGAGAGAAGUCGGUGAUGUCACUAUCUUAAUUAAUAAUGCCGGUAUAAUGCCUUGCCAUGUUUUUCUAGAUCACACUACCGAAGAAAUUAAACGCGUUUUUGACGUCAACGUGCUAGCACACUUCUGGAUGCUGCAGGCAUUCCUACCGGGCAUGAUUGAAAAUAAUUACGGUCACAUCGUCGCGCUCUCAUCAGUAGCAGGGCUCUUUAGCUUACCAAACGUAGUUCCCUAUUGCGCCAGUAAAUUUGCAGUCAGAGGACUUAUGGAGGGAAUUAGCGAAGAAUUACGAUUAUCUACUAAAGGAAAAUCAUUGAUCAAAUUCACUACUAUUUAUCCGUACAUAGUAGAUACUGGAUUCUGUAAGAAGCCAAGAAUAAAAUUUCCAUAUUUUAUGCCAAUGGUUCCAUUGCAAUUAGCCGUGUCACAUAUUAUUAGAGCGCAAAGACGGGAUUACCGAGAGUACAGUGUGCCUUCGUUUUGGCAGUCAAUACACGCAGUAAUGAGAAUUUUACCCUAUGAAGCGUUAUGCAGCUUAAUAGACUUCAUCGAUUUCGGUGUCGAAGCGGACAAUUAGCGAAAGAUCAUUCGCACGACAGUUCCGUCGACAGAUGAAUAGUUUGUACUUUAUGCGACCCGUCUGGUUCCAGCGCGGACAUUUAAUUACUCCGAAAUAAGUAAAGAUGCUGUAGAAAUAGUUGCAAGUGUACGUAUUGUUGUACGCAAUCCCCCUUACAACGUAAUCCCCUUGCGCAAGUUAUACUCAUACCUAAUGACUCAAUAUAACCGAAUAACGUUAAAUGCAAUCUGCACAAAAAGCAUCCUACAACCGAAUUCACGCGUAGACAAACAAACGUGUAUUAUAACAAAGUUGCAACCUCGCAUACGUCAGCUCUGCUGAAACCUCGUAUGAGAAGGAACCAACACCUCGGGAGAGGCCAUGUAGGUCACGACAGUAUCUUGUAGAUUAAUGGUACAAGUUGUCGUAUUACUGAAGCUAGGUAACAAGAGAAUUGGAUUUUAUAGUGUAUGUGUAUGUGUGUGAUUGUGAAUAGAUGAUAAUUUUUCAUUGCCAGUUGACGUAACUUCUUUCGUGUGACAAAACUAUCUUUGCACAAAUUUUAAUAUUGUAAAAAUAUAAAAUUUCUCUCGAAAUUUUCAACUGGGUUUUUAGUUGGUGCUAUUUUUUUUAACGUUCCUUGACUCUUGUCCAUGUAUAGUAACAACAUAUGUACAGUUUGUUGUAACGUUGAAUUUUACGCGAGCAUCUACUAUACAGAUGACAGAAAAGAUUUGUUCGCAUGUAAAAAGUAUCUUAACAGCUUUUUAAAAGUUUUGGACCGUUGACAAAAAAUAUUGUAGGAUUUAUAAAGACGAUU